AUGAACGAAGAAGUAAGAAGGGCAUCAGCUUAUGCACAUCAUAUGGAGGAAAUGCUUUACAAAAUCCAGGCCUUCUGCAGACAAAUGAAAUUCCUGAUACGAUUACCUGAUAUGACUGAUCCAAGCUCCAGGACAACCACGGGGAAUAUUUGGAAGAGGAUCAUGAAAACAAAAGGAGGAAAAGAAACACAACGUGAUUUGAUUUCUAGCCUGAAAGCUAUUUUUCUCUUCAAGUAUCUGAUAAUUGGAUCUUCAAAGUCGGAAUUACAGGCUCUUUCGUCGACCAAGAAGGGCCGGAAAACAGAAGAAUUAGCAGGCGUCGUGAAGUACCCUAAGCGUGGGGUAUGGGGUAUCUACUGCAACCAGGUCGUCUGGGCACAGGGGGUAAAACGACUCACGACUUGGCAGGGGGGCAAGUUCACCACCACGACCCCUUUGUACCCUGAUCUGCUCAACGACCUGCGUGGAGCUCCAUUAACGGUGGUAACGUUUCCCUGGGAGCCAAGUGUUAUCUAUAAAGAAGACAAGAAAGAUGGUACGCCAGUCCGAUACGGGAGGGACAUAAGGGUGGUUGAGACAUUGGCAAAGGUUAUGAAUUUCACCCUUGCGUACACCGAGCCUCCUGAAGGAGAGCUGUGGGGGAAUAAGCUAGAGAACGGCUCGUGGACCGGCCUGUUCGGGUUCCUGGAGCGCGGCGACGCGGACAUCGGCGUCGGCAACACCUUCGUCUCGAACGUCAACGGCCGCAUGGACGUCGCCGAGUUCAGUUCGCCUUACGAUGCGGAUGUCAGCUGUUUCUUGGGCACGCGACCCCCACCCCUUCCAAGAUGGCAAAGGAUUCUGUACCCCUUCCAGCUGUCGACGUGGGUAGCCUUCCUUGUGGGACUCCUUCUGAGCGGCCCAAUCCUCUGCUUCCUCGCUCGCGUGUGGGAUGUCAGAAACGAGGAACACAGGGGUCUCAAGUCCUUCCUCUACGCCUCCCUGUACACCUUCGGCCUUCACCUAAGGGAAUCACAAGCCUACCUCCCCAGCAGGAGAAGCACCCAAGUCUUCGUCAGCUUCCUGUGGCUGUAUACCAUCAUCAUCAUCACGGCCUAUUGCUCUAAUCUCACGGCUUUCCUGACGGUGGCGAGGCAGCCGCCCUCCAUCGACACCGUCAAGGGGCUCUACGCCUCGGGCCUCAACGUCGCGGGCCUCGGCUACUUCUUCGGGAAGGCGCUGGAACUGUCCUCGAAUCAGUACCUGAGGGGCUUGGCAGAGAGGUACGAGGUCCACACCCGCUACGAGGACAUCUGGACGGUAGUGCGACGCGGAACUGCUGUCAACCUGGAGUCCCGGAAGACACUGCAGUACCUGGUCACGACGCAGCUCACCUCCCGAGGCGCCACUUCCAUGAGGAUUAUCAAGGAGUGCUUUUUUCCCUCACGAGAUCGGAGUGACUGUCCAGCGCGGGUCUCCCCUCAGGAGGAAGUUCGACAUGUGGGUCUUGCGGAUGGUGGAAGCUGGACUCAUCGAGCACUGGUUCCUGGACUCGCUCAGGAUAGCCAAGAAGGACGCAGUGGAGAAAAACAACAACGCGAAAAAAGGAGGCGGGGAAGAAACCGUGACCGAGGGAGAGGAAGAAGAGCAAGUGGCGGUCACAGGAGUUCGAUCCCGUUCCAUUAACCUCGACCACAUGCAAGGAAUUUUCUUUGUGCUGUUCUUGGGCUACGUGGCUUCCGGUCUCGUCCUCGCCGGGGAAGUUGUCUUCGGCAGGAAGCGCGUGGGAGGCAAUCC